AUGAAUGACGGGCGAGGUGCAGAAAAUGAUAUAAAGUGGAUUGUGAUUGAACACCAAGCAAGCUCGCUAUUCAACGUAAUCGCAAACGGAACAUUUACAGCAACAAACAUUACAAAGUUAAGAUGGAAAUCACUUAUCAAAGGAUCAUCUCUACAAGAAAAGUGCAACAAACAAGGCUUUAAUAUCCAUGGUGGGCGAGAUGAUAGGAAGAUGUAUUUACGGAUUGGAUUAGUCGCUAAUCAGCAAAACCACUGCGACACAUGCAACUCAUGCAUUGGCUUUGGUAUUUCAAUAACUGGAUGUGAUGGUGUAGUGAGAAGGAGGUCAUUUGGUAAUAUAUACGUUUGUGAUUACUUUGUAAAGAUCGCUGCUGCAUUCGGGAAUAUACUUGUACAGUAG